GGGAUCCUGUCAUCACAGCCAGAAGAAAACCCCCACUGGUGGAAUGCAAACAUGGUAUUCAUCCCUUAUUGCUCAAGUGAUGUUUGGAGCGGUGCCUCUUCCAAGUCUGAGAAAAACGAAUACGCCUUCAUGGGAGCACUGAUCAUCCAGGAGGUGAUAAAGGAGCUGGUGGGAAGGGGUCUUGGCACUGCCAAAGUGCUGCUGCUGGCCGGGAGCAGUGCCGGCGGGACAGGAGUGCUCCUGAACGUGGACCGAGUGGCGGAGCAGCUGGAGGAGAUGGGCUAUCAGGGGAUUCAGGUGCGAGGCUUGGCGGACUCUGGAUGGUUCCUGGAUAACAAACAGUAUCGCAGAACUGACUGCAUUGACACCAUAACCUGUGCGCCAACAGAAGCCAUCAGAAGAGGAAUAAGGUAUUGGAAUGGUAUUGUUCCUGAACGCUGCAAGCUGCAGUUUAAGGAGGGAGAGGAGUGGAAUUGCUUUUUUGGGUAUAAGAUUUACCCCACUCUUCGAUGUCCAGUCUUUGUUGUCCAGUGGCUCUUUGACGAGGCCCAGCUGACUGUGGACAACGUGCACCUCACUGGCCAGCCCGUGCAGGAGGGGCAGUGGCUCUACAUCCAGAACCUGGGCAGGGAGCUGAGGAACACCUUGAAGGAUGUGACCGCCAGCUUUGCUCCCGCCUGCUUGUCCCACGAGAUCAUUAUGCGCAACCACUGGACAGACAUCCAGGUGAAGGGGACGUCGCUGCCCCGUGCCCUGCACUGCUGGGAUCGGAGCCUCCACGAGAGCAACAGGAACGGGAAGAACCCGCUGAAGGGCUGCCCCAUCCACCUGGUCGACAGCUGCCCCUGGCCGCACUGCAACCCCUCGUGCCCCACCAUCAGGGACCAGUUCACGGGGCAGGAGAUGAACGUGAUCCAGUUCCUCAUGCACAUGGGUUUUGAUGUUCAGAAGAUGGCGCAGCAGCAGGGCCUGGAGCCCAGCAAACUCCUGGGGAUGCUCAGCAGCGGUAACUAGGACGGGGUCCUCGUGGGGGCAGGGAUGGGUCAGGAGGAGACCCCCCGCCCUCCUCCCGCGCUCCCUGACCUUCCUUACGCUCACGCAGGCAGAUCCACGCUCACACCCACGCACGCUCAGCCUCCGCACACCCACGUGCUGCCAUGCUCUUGCACACCUAGGAUGUGUCAAGGAAAAAAAAAGCAGUUUCUUGCUUAUACUGUUUGACUAGAACUCGUUACCUCCGAAGCCCAGGGCUCCGUUUUGGCCGUUCACGUCCUCUUCCUGCAUUACACGGGGCAAUCCGACACAGGGAGCAGCAAAGCCGUCAAUAGCACCCAUGAGAACCUUCCCCAGACCUAGGACUUCUUCCCUUGCCGCGGAUUUUACAUCAUAGACUUGAUACAAGUGGUGAAAAAAGCAAGCACUGGAUUUAUUUUGUCCAACCAGAAGUGAAGGGACAGUUACAUGACUUGCUGGAGGUCAGCAUCUCGUGAUGGUUCGUAACAUACAAACCCAGGACACGUGCUAGGGACGGACACUCUUGUACUCAAUUUACUUUCGUAUUAUUUUAUAAAAUGACUUUUUUAUUACAUUUUUUAAACUAAGCAAGAAAUAUAAAUGAUAUUGUUUUGUAACAUAUUUUUUUUUAAAUAACGAAGAAACCUCUUGCUACUUUGGCAACGUGGACGUAUUUAUUUUAAUAUGUAAAACGCUAUUUAUAAGGGCUGAACAGAGAACCAUACGUAUGUCUUUGUAAAGUUGUAUAUGCUGCUUGUUUGGGUGGGUUAUCCUUAUGAUCACUUGUGCCUGGGAGAGAGCUGAGGGUGGUAUGACGUUUUGUAAUAGACUUCUGUGUUCCCCCUGCAGUACGCGUUGUCAUCGUUUCUCUGACGAAGAGGUUGUAGUCUGAGGUGUAAGUACAGAGGUUCCCACCCAGCCUCUGACGCUUGCGUCCUUGCACAGCAUUUUCUGCUUGUCUGCGGUUUGGCAGGUGUUCCAGGGCAUUGCAUUUUAAGAGCAUUUU